AUGGAAAGCAAGAUCCCACAAGAUGAGGCUGAGUACGUGAGCCUCCAUAGUGCGGAUGGAGCAGUCAAGGCUGAGUUCUAUGAAAACCUUCAAGAUAUGGUGGCCGGGACACCUACCACAGACUUGUUCUUCAUCGUUGGAGACUGGAAUGCCAGAACCGGCCCAUAUGAAGAAGGCACGAGGCACAUCCUCGGAAAACACGGGCUAGGCCAACGUUGCAACAACGGGGAACGAUUGAUCUUCAUUCUGCGCCACAUACUGGAAGACCGACACCAGCAUCAACAGAAAACCAUCGCCUGUUUCAUUGACUUCAAAACCGCCUUUUACUGCAUUCCAAAAAUAAUGGCCAUGAUCAAGGCAUACUACCGCUCCACCACUUUGCGCGGUAUAGUCCACAACAACCUCUCAGAAGCCCUUGCUAUUCGUUCUAGCGUUCAACAAGACUGUGUCCUGUCGCCCAUCCUCUUUAACCACGCCACUAACUGGGAUAUCGGGAAGGCCCUACAAGAAAAUUACGGUGUUGAGCUUGCACCGGGGCUCCGGUUGACUGACCUCGACUACGCCGAGCAUAUCGCUUUACUAGCUUCAAGCUUUGGCUUCAAGUCUAUGGCGCCACUGUCACACCUGCAUGUACUCACCAGCUGCGGGCACGCGUCCACCGCUCGCGGAGCAUGCAAGAAAUCGAUAAGCCAAUCACCUAUCGAUUACGUCAUUAUCCCAGCCAACGACAACCAAGCGCGCGUGAAGCGCGCGUUUGCGUAUCACGCUAACGCGCGCAAUGCUAUUAGGGUGGGUGAAAGAGGUCGCGAAAUCGGUCGGUACCGACAUGGCGGUCAACUGAAGACGUGGCUGAACACUGUCAAGCCGGACGUCGAACGCAUGGGCCUCGUAAUCGUUUGCGGCUUGAGACAAUGGAACAAGCACUGCGUUGACAUUUGCGAGGAACUCGCUUCCGAUCGCCGCCAACGGGCCGCCGCUAUCCGUGACAUCCAUGAAGCUGAUCCGUUCAACUAUAGGAAAAAAUCGGAUCAAAUCAAAAAUCAACUAAGUAAAAAUAUAUCUCUCAUUCGAACAUUAACGCCCAUUCGUGCGUAUGCGAAUUAUAAGAAGUCCACUGAAACCAAAGGUAUCAUUCUCGUUUUUAAGAGCAAGGACAGAAGCCGAAAUAUCUAUAGGGAAUCUACGAUUUAA